AUGGACACCGUCGAGUUCUCAGGCUUCUCGCUCACAGCAGAAGAGUAUGCCAGAAAGGAAAAGGCUCUUGUCCGCAAGGUCGAUUUCAGACUCAUGCCUUGCCUUUUGGGUAUGAUUGUGCUCAACUACCUCGACCGCAACGCUCUGCCCAACGCAAGAAUCCAAGGCAUUGAAGAAGAUUUGGGUCUCAAGGGCGAUCAAUUCAAUACGGCAAUCUCUGUUCUGUUUGCCGGUUACAUUGCUCUCCAGAUUCCAUCGAAUAUGCUUUUGACUCGCGUCAGACCUAGUAUCUAUCUCCCUGUUUGCAUGGCUCUCUGGGGUGUUGUCUCUGCUUGCACAGCUCUCGUACACAACUUCAAUGGCUUGGUUGUGACGAGAUUCUUCCUUGGUUUCAUGGAAGCACCUUACUUUCCUGGAGCACUCUUCCUGCUCUCGAGUUGGUAUACCCGUAGAGAGCUCGCUACCCGUACUGCUGUCCUCUAUACCGGAAGUCUCUUGUCAAGUGGCUUCGGUGGUCUCGUUGGAGCCGGCGUACAGUACGGCCUGGAUGGAGCCCACGGCCUCCAAUCAUGGCGUUGGUUAUUUAUCAUAGAAGGCGUUGUCACUGUUACUUUCGCCUUGACUUGCAUCUUCAUCCUCCCCGACUUUCCCCACACCACGCGCUGGCUCUCAGAGGAAGAGAAGGGGAUAGCCACUUUCCGACUCCGCGACCGCAACGGCAACAAUGACGCAGAAAGAGGCUCUCUCCUCUCGGGCCUCAGAAUGGCCGUCACUGACUACAAAGUCUGGCUCCUUGCCGGUAUCGUCAUCACCAAGACCAGCGCUGCAGCUGUUACUUCCUUCAUCCCCACCCUCGUCAAGACCUUUGGCUACAACAAGAUCAACUCUCUGCUUCUCGUCGCUCCUCCAUACGUCUUUGCUGCUUUCUGCGCUAUGGGUAUCUCCAUCAGCAGUGAUCGUCGUCAAGAGCGAUACGCUCAUUUGGUCAUUCCUCUCUCCUUUGGCAUGAUCGGUUACAUUAUCGCUGCUACAACUGUUGGACUCGCUCCCCGCUAUGUUUCCCUCUUCUUGAUGUUGGGAGGCGUAUACGGUGGCUUCAACGUUGCUAUUGCAUGGAUUUCUGCUACUCUACCCCAUCCCAUGGAGAAAAGAGCUGCUGCUUUGGCCUUGACAAACAUGGUCGGCAACUUUGCCCAAAUCUACUCGCCUUACCUCUACGAGAAGGAGAGCGGACCCAGAUAUUUGCCGGCAAUGACAGCUAACACAAUCUUCGUCUUUGUAUCAAUCAUUCUCGCCACUAUACUGCGCUUCUGCCUCGUCCGCGAGAACAAGAAACUCGAGCAAGCAGAGAUUGAACAGCUCGAUCUUCAGAUGGGCGAGAAGGGCAAUGUUGAUCACAUGGAAGUGUCGCAGCCUAGCCCUGCGCCCGGACUCAGCCCUGGAUUCAGGUAUCUGCUUUAA